AGAAUGACUUCCAGCGGUGAUGAUAUUCCAACUUUUAAGUGUGUGAUCAUUGGAGACGGCGCAACUGGCAAAACGACCUUUGUAAAGCGACAUGUUUCUGGAGGAUAUGGAAGGCAGUACGUCGCCACUUUGGGCGUCGAAGUUCAUCCCCUCCGAUUUAACACUUCGCGCGGCCAGAUCCAAUUCAACGUCUGGGACACUGCCGGACAAGAGAUGUUGGGUGGACUUCGGGAUGGAUACUACGUACAGGCACAAUGUGCUAUAAUAAUGUUCGAUUUGACAUCCCGUAUCACCUAUAAGAACAUGACAAACUGGUACAGGGAUUUGGUGCGUGUGUGCGGUAGAAUACCAAUUGUCCUAUGCGGGAAUAAAGUAGAUAUUAGGGAUCGAAAAGUAAAGCCGCAAGAUAUAAAAUUCCAUCAGAAAAAUAAUCUGCAGUAUUACGAAAUUUCCGCCAAGUCGAACUAUAACUUUGAGAAGCCUUUUCUCUGGCUGGCUCGUGAGCUAUUUGGGGAUCCCCAGUUGAAGUUGGUAGAGAUGCCAGCACUUCUACCUCCCGAAGUCCACAUGGAUGCGGAUUGGCAGGCUCAAGUAGAGCUGGAAUUGGAAGAAGCCAUGACUACUAAAAUUCCCGACGAUGAUGAGGGCUUGUGA